AUGUUUUCUACAUGGAGCUCAUCUACUUGGACUAUCCUCACUCUACUACUUGGAGCUGUCUCUUGUGUGUUAUUCAUAACUACAAUUACUUUAGCAGUCUUAUAUGGCAUUGAGAGAAACGAUAUCAAAGAAUCAAUAAAACUCGAUAACAAUACUAGCUUUUGUUUAACUCCAUACUGUAUCAAUGCAGCGAAUUAUCUUCUACAAAGCAUUGAUGAGUCUGUUGAUCCAUGUGAAAAUUUCUAUAACUUUACAUGUGGUAAAUGGAUGAAUAAAUCGGUCAUACCAGAUGAUGAGUUGGAUGCCAGUGUUUUGACAAGUUUGGCUAACGAGUUGAAUCAACGUAUUAUUGAUCUGUUGACCACUUCGUCGACGAACAAUAAUGAACUACAAUCGAUUUCAAAUGCUCGGAUUCUCUAUGCUUCGUGUAUAAACGAAGAUGCCAUCGAGACAGAUAGUUUGAAAACUAUCCUUUCAUUUAUCGAUACGGAACUUGGCGGAUGGCCAAUUAUAAAAGGAUCAAAUUGGAGUACUCUCAAUUACAGUCUAGAAAAUCAAUUAUUACGUUUAACUCUCUACAGUCUUUAUCCACUAUACACAACAGCAACAACAGUCGAUGCAACCAAUUCAUCUUUAUACAGCAUUUUCAUUGGUCAAAGUCAGUUAAAUCUGCGAACAAAAGAAGUAUACGCUGCUGAAAAUAGUAUCACAAUUCUAUAUCGUGAAGUAAUACGUGAUAUAGUGCUUGAAUUAACUAAUAUUACAUUGGAUAUCGAUACUGACAUUGCUGACAUGUUUGCGUUAGAGAAAAAUAUUGCUCAAUAUGUCUGGACACCAACAGAUCUUAUUAAUCGAGCCGCUGAAAACUUUCAAAUAUCAAUAGAUAAUGUGACAAAAUUUGAUUUCUCUGGUUACAUCCGUCGGUUAUAUCAAUCAGUUGGUUUGAAUCUAACCGAAACAGAUAGGGUCAGUGUUAAUCAAAUUGAUUAUCUACAUAAUGUAUCAAUGAUCAUUAAUCAAUCCUCUCCACGUGUAGUACAAAACUAUCUUGUUUGGUGUUUUGUAUUCGAAAUGAUUGAUUAUAUGCCAAAACGAUUUCAAGUGAUAAAGCAAAAGUUAAAUGAUCUAAUGUUAGGAACAUCUACUAAACAACUGCGAAGUAUCGAAUGUAGCACUUCUGUUAAUAAUGUAAUGGGUUUUGCUAUCUCAAGACUUUACAUUGAGAAGUAUUUCAGUGAGCAAACACGAAAUCAGUUGCUAGAACAAUAUCAAACAGUUCGAAAUGAAUUUAUCGAUAUGAUAGGUCAAGCUUCAUGGAUGGAUACUGUUUCAAAAAACAGAGCCGUGAAAAAGGCACAAGCAAUUCUUGUGAGUAUUGGAUAUCCUGAAUAUGUCGGCUCAGUUAAUGUAACAGAAUUAGAAAAUCAAUAUAUAAAUUAUAGAUUUAAUUUAUCAUACAUGUACAAUUCUCUCCUUGUGCGUCGACUUAUUGGUACACAAAAUCUACAAAAACUUCGCCAGCUUUCUCUUCGCACAACAUGGGAUUAUCCACCAACAACAGUGAAUGCCUUCUAUAUUCCACCUCACAACUCCAUCAUCUUUCCAGCGGGUUUCCUCCAGACACCUAUGUUUCAUGUUGAAGCACCUAGGUACCUCAACUUUGGUGGGAUUGGAAUGAUUAUGGCACAUGAAAUGACACAUGGUUUCGACAGCAGGGGUCGAUCCUAUGAUGAAAAUGGCAAUAUAGUUUCUUGGUGGACUAAUGAAACUAGUGUCGCAUUUGAACAAAAGAAACAGUGUAUCAUCGAUCAAUAUAGUAAUUAUACUAUGGCACAAGUUAACAUUCAGGUUGACGGUAUAUUGACACAAGCUGAAAAUAUUGCUGAUAAUGGUGGUUUGAAAGCGUCUUUUUAUGCGUAUAAAAAAUGGGCGCAAGUAAAUCCGAAUAUUGAUAAGAAAUUACCUGGUCUACAAAAGUAUUCAGCGGAACAACUGUUCUUUAUAAACUUUGGAUAUAUGUGGUGUUCGAAAGUACGAGAUUCAUUUCAAGCAAUUUUAAUGGAAACGGAGGCUCAUGCUCCAGCUAUGUUUAGGGUGAUUGGGACAACAUCAAACUUUAUUGAGUUUGAUCGAGUAUUUGGAUGUAAACCUGGUCAAGGUAAUAGUCGAAUAAACAAAUGUACAGUUUGGUAAACACAUUGUUUCACACUGACCAUUCUUUUUUCUUUCACUUUUCUACAAUACAAAUUAACGAUAUACAGGGUUGGAAAAAAUGUUUUGAUAGGGGGGUACUACCAUAUUUUCAAAAAGACUUAAUAAUGAAUUUUACACCACAUGAAACCCCGUA